GAACACAGAAGAUCUCUCCUCUCUUUUGCUAGUGUAUCCCACAGCACGCGCUCACAAUUUAGACAUGAAGGCUUUCAUCGCACUCUUCGUCAUCGCAUUGGCCAGCCAGAGCAUGGCUGGUGCGCUGCUCCCCCGGGACACCCCCGAGGUAGCCGCUGCCAAGGCCGCCCACUUCGCCCAAUACAAUUACGAGGCCGCAAGGAACACCCUCGGAUACGUGCCAUACUACCAUGCCCCAUUGGCCUACGCCGCCCCUCUGUACUACAACGCCCCCUACGCCUACGGACCCGCCCCCAUCGGAGCUGACGGUCGCGUCAUUGACACCCCCGAAGUCGCCGCAGCUAAGGCCGCUCACUUCGCCGCUCACGCCAAGGCAUCCUUGAAGCCGUACGGAGCCCUCGCUCAGGCCUAUGCUUACGGCUACCCGUACACGGCACCCAUCGGUCUCGACGGCAACGUCGUCGAUACUCCGGAAGUAGCCGCAGCCAAGGCCGCCCACUUUGCCGCUCACGCCGCCGCCCAGCAUUGAAUACCUCAACACCGAGCCCAUGAAGCACGGACGCAUUCAUCAGUCAUUCCAAUCCUGCAGCGAUGCCGAGGAUCCAUCGUCAUGCGAUGAAGUUUUCUUCGGCGUUUCAACGAACAACAAUAACCACUACCUUCACCACCACCGUUUGCCGAUUAUUAUCAUCGCAUUGUCCGUUUGGCGAGGGUUUAAACGCCUGUGAUCUCCGUCUCGUGACACUUGACACGCUUGCGGCUCUUUGUAAAAGAAGGCUGCGAGUAUGAAUUUAUUUUGUAUAACUGGACUCAGCGUUGAUUCGGGAUUUUUCUGAUCGUGACAGUGGAAAGUGUAGAAUGUUUUUUAUACCACAGUAAUUUAUAUGUACGCGCCCGUAUUCCUUCAUUUUAUGUUACACUUAUAAUAUAAAUCAUGAUUCAUCAAA